AUGAGUCUAAAGCCGAAAUUCAGACAUACUCUUGAACACACUGUUGUUGAUUCCGACAUGGUGCGCAAGUCGCAUUUCUGGGCAUUGGUCCUCGGCAGUAAUCGGAUUUACUCAGCUAAAGGAUUGAAAAGCACCCCGAAAUGUUCGGCCGAGUUUUAUCAAGUGGAGCAGUCAUGCGGUUUUAUGAAUAAAUAUGGUCUUAUCGAAUUUUCAGUUACAGGUGACGAAGGAAUUACGGAAAGUCCCACUGGAUACAUUGUGGCAGAUCCGAAGGACCUUCUCAUUCGACAGCUUUCUUUGCGAAUUCGCGUUACCGAAGAAGAACUUAAGAAAUAUCGAUCGAAAAAUGAUGAAUUAACGAAAACUGUUGCGAAAAUGUCGAAAGAAAUGCAGAAGUGUCAAGCUGAAAUGGAAAAUCUUCGAAAUGCUUCAAAACAGCAGAUUAACGAACUUGAACAGCAAAUUGCUACGAAGAAGCGCGAGGCAUUAUCGAGUAAAUUUGGCACCGUCAUGUCUCUAUUACAAAGUGCUGCAGGUGUUCAACAAGUCAGUGAGCCGCCAUUUUUAGUUCCGGAUACGCCUAAACCAGAAACUUCGGAUGCGCAAUCACAAACUGAUGAGCUGCUAUUAGGAUCGUUAGCAAAAAGGGACAGUACAGGUACCAUAUUUUUCGUAUGUGGUUGCAUUCCAAUGCCGGUGCUGGUGUCAGGAUUUCACAUCGAUUGUCCGUAUGGUGUUGCUUUUUCUGAUAGUUUUGAAUAUCAGGAAAUAGAUGCUGCGAAAUCUAGCGUGGAUUCGAAAUCAUCAGCCAUCAGCUCAGAAGAUAUUCACAGGUUAACGGGAAAAAUUGCAACACUAGAAAACGAAAAAUUCGUCUUUACAACGCAGCUAAAAUUAGCAAGGAACAAACUGGAAAAUUUAGAGCUACUUGAAGCGCAGAAAAAAAUUCUGGAAGAUCGUGUUGUAAUUUUGAACGAUAUGAAUGACUGUUUAGUGAAAGAAAACGAAAAUUUGAAAGGAAUGUUGGCAUCUAAAAUGUCAUCUGGUAAAGAUCCCACUGAAGACAGGCGGAGAAUUGUCGAUAUAACGUUGGACUAUAAAACGAAACUUGAUGAACUGCGAGCCGAGUUAGAUAUGAAAACGAAGCUUUUGAACAAUCAAUUAGAAACCAACAAAGUUUUGGCAGCGGAUCUUGAAACUGCGAAAGAGCAACUUAAAGCUGCCGGGUGUAAGGACGCGCCUACAGUCAGUGGUGGUGAUGGUGCUGGUGAUGAUGAAGCAGCGUCAAAAAAUAUCGAAAAUGAAGAAGUGGAGUCAUCUGUUAAAAUUUUGCAUCUUCGAAUGAAUCCUUUGGAUCUUGCGCAUCAGGAAUACAAUGAGUUUCAAGGAAGCAGAAAAAGAAAAACGGAAGUGGAGUCAUCUGUCAAAAUUUUGCAUCUUCGGAUGAAUCCUUUGGAUCUUGCGCAUCAGGAAUAUAAUGAGUUUCAAGGAAGCAGAAAAAGAAAAGCGAACGUAUAUGAAUGUGAUGAUAAUUUGGACGUUAGUUUGCGAAAGAGGGAGCGUUUUGACAUGACUAAACAAAUAACCGAGCUACAAUAUCAGUUGCUUAAAGCUGAAAAGGAGAAAGACCGAGUGGUGAAGAUACACAGUGAUUUGGUGAAGAAGUAUCGUGCAUGCGUGACAGCACUCUCAGGUCUGCAGAUCAAAAUGAAAGGCGAUGACACGGUGCAAGUGGAAAGUAUCUUCGAUCCUGGCAAUUAUUUCAUUUUCAGGGUUAAUGACAAUGGGAAAACGAUUAGCUUGCUAGAAACAGAUUACGCAGUUCAGUGGACCGAACAAAUCCAAGAGUCGAAGUAA